CAAAUCGCAAUCAAAGCUCACACACAGACAUGGCCUCGCGCCACUGUCCUACAUACAUUGCUUUGGGAGAAAGUCCCCGGACACCAGUGUUAUUCACUGCAAGCUGAAAAGCGCCGCCACAGAAGCAUUCCCGCGGCUUAUCCUCUCCUGCACCUCCAUCCUUCCUCACCACCCAUCAUCGGUUGCACUCUUUCCGGACAGCUCCUCUGCUCGACCUCGCACCUGGGCUGAAGACCGCCGCAAGAUGCCUUCGCAAGAGGGAGACGAGGAUAUGAGUCUGCACUUCUUCUCAGCCGUGGUCGCUGCAGCGUGAGCAAGAAGGGAGGAGGAGAUGGUUGGGACUCGUUCUGAGGCCAAGGUGGGAUCAAGGUCAGUUGAGGAGUCCACUCGUCAAGGUUGAUAGAUAUGCGAUUGCUCACGCCUCUUUCACCAUCCUGCUACACUAAGUUCAGGUUUGGUGAUCUGAGGAUGAGUAACUCGAUGGGGCUUAUGUUUGAUGCGAGGAGUUCACCACUUUUAGGGUUCGACAAGGGAUGGUCACCAUGCUGUCGCCUUUGUUGUGUCAAAGCAGCCGAACUCAGUCAAUUUGGGAAGAAAGACGUUCAAGUGAUGAUGAAAGCAAUAGAGUCAAGCACUGAAUCGGCGUCGGUGCGCUUAUCCUUCACUGGACAGGUCGCCGGCGCCUCAUUGAUGCUACAAUUUGCCUACGACGGUAUCUGAUGAACGCUUUUGCAUGGUAGCUUAGUUGUAUAUACGCUCGAAGCAGCUAUGCGAUUUCCUUCUGC